ACCACCUCUUCGUUCAAUUCGUUGAUCUUCUUCUGGUUGAGCACUGAGUUUAGGGGACAGUUGUGGCGGUUGUGGUCGCAGAGACGCGGCAGUGGACUGUCGGCCGGCGCGCGACCGCAGUUACGACCACAACAUUCAUAUACUGUGCGAUCGGUUUCCCAACAGUUUUCACUAUGCCCUCAGAGCGGGAUUAAGUACACAUUAUUUGGUGUCCUUUUCUUCACUGCUCUCUACGCAUCGGAAGCGAUGACUAUAAGAGACUCAAACGACGACCCGAUAAAAGAGCACCUCUUGAAGGAAGUGUCAGACAUUUUAGACGAGACGAGGAAAGCGAUCGACACUUUGGCGAAGACAGGGAAAGAGGCGCUCAGAAAUGGGUUGACUAAAGCCAUUGCAAUCGCCAAAGAGUUGGACACAAAACUGAAGGCUUUGAAACCCGAGACUGAUUUGGGAUUUCCGAUAUCAGUCGACGGG